AUGCGUCAAUUCAUUGAAUAUGUGACUGAUCGAUAUCCCAGUGUUAACAUUGUGGUUAACGAGGACGUGGCUCAGGAGUUGAUUGAUUCACCAAACAUAAACAGUCGCGUGGCAGCAAAGGGUAGUACGAUUGAUGAACAAGAGGAAAUUGCCGAUAAUAGACCCGAAACAGGGUCUGGUGACGUUGUUGUAGAUAAGUUCACAGCUUUGGGAACCUCACAUAACUUGAUCCCGAUAUACACAGGUUCACAACAGGAGAUUGUUAAUAAAACAGAUUUAAUUGUUACUUUGGGAGGUGACGGGACAAUUCUCAGGGCUGUAUCUAUGUUUUCAGGUAGUUCCGUUCCACCGAUUCUCCUGUUUGCCUUGGGAACCUUGGGGUUCCUUUUACCCUUUGAUUUCAAGACUUUCGAAGAUAGUUUUGCAGCUGUUUAUCAAAGCAGAGCCAAAGUGUUACAUCGGACUCGUCUAGAGUGUCAUAUUAUUCGGAAACAACCUCUGAGUGCCGCUUUGGAAAAAUCCGAUAUCGAUAGCAUUAGAAAGCAAGAAGAACAUGAAAUUAAUGAUGAUGUCCAUGGAGAUCCCAAAAUCCAAGUUAUAAGAGCCAUGAAUGAUAUUUCUCUUCAUCGUGGAGGACAACCCAAUUUAUGCGCUUUGGAAAUUUAUAUUGAUAACGAAUUCCUAACCACAACCACUGCAGAUGGUGUCAUCUUUGCUACUCCUACUGGUUCAACAGCAUAUUCACUUAGUGCAGGUGGUUCGAUCACUCAUCCUUUGGUUCCAUGUAUUUUGCUAACUCCCAUUUGUCCUCGGAGUUUACUGUUUAGACCAUUGCUUUUACCACUGACGUCACAUGUGAUGAUAAAAUUCUCCGAACGGAAUAGAAAUGUGGGCGUACGUUUAAACAUCGAUGGGAUCCCACAGAAUGACUUGCGUCCUGGUGACCAAAUCCAUGUUGUGAGUGAAAAUGGAACUAUCUUCAUCAAAGGUGAACAUGAACCACCUAAACUGUUUUUGGAGAAGAGUGAGUUUGAUCACGUGAUCGAACCCGGCGGAAAAGGUGCAGUCCGCAAUGCUCGUGGUUCACCUGUAGAUGACUCCGAAAAGACGUCUGGUACCUCUUCGUCUCUUAAGAGCAACACUAAUAAACCCAGUAAGGGAAUUUGGUGUGUGGCCCGGUCACAGAAUGAUUGGACUAAAGAUAUUAAUGAAUUGUUAGGCUUUAAUUCUUCGUUCAGGGCUUCGGCUAAAGGCGCUUCCGAAAAAUGA